GAGAACAUGGCCUAUUACCCAGAACAAGCGUACCCGGAAGCGUCGGCGUAUCCGGAGUACUCUGCAUUCCAGGAGUUUUCGGAGGUCGACGACCAGUACGGUGCUCCACAACUUUCGGAGUAUCCCACAUGGAAGAAGGCACGGGCAUGAGGUACGUGCUCGGCGUGUGCGGCGUGAUCAUAUUAUUCGCACUCGCCACGGUUGCCGUGGUGUUCCUGUUGGCCUACCAGGGCUCCGAGGUGGAUGACGCAGGCGGCAGCAACCGAUCUGGCGGUGGUGACGCCCCGCCUCCCAUGGAAGUCCCCGCCGUCGAACAGAUAACUACCACUCUUGUCCAGACUGCUCCCCUGCCCGGUACCACGCGCGCACGCACAUCGCCAUCGCCAUCCACACCUAGACCGACGACGAGUAGGAGUACGGCGUCGAAGGCGUCGAAGGCGUUGACGGCGUCGACGACUCCCAGUACGAAGCCCGGCCCGAUGACGGUGACGACCCCGCCCCCACCGCUGCUGUGCUCGGUGGGCGCGACGCCGACCGCCUUGCGGCCGCUCCUCCCGCCGGACAGAACGUGCGACAUCCUCGUCUACGCGCACGUCCGGUUCUUCAACCACACGCUGCGACCGGUGAUCAGCGAGAUGAGCUUCCACACGUUCAGGAACGUCUGCGAAUCCUACGCUCACACCACCUGCGGCGUGUCCUUCGACGCGAGGCACAUUCCGCCACCGACGUUUGCAUCAAUUGAAUUCGAGGAAACCUUGGAAGAACUUAAGGGAAAGUUCCAUAUCGAUCACUAUGGUAUUCUCAACAUCUAUGGUUCGGAAGACUUCGUCGACAGCGUAUCCAAGAAAGAUGCACCCAGAGUUCUAACCGCACUGCGACGACUCUUGGGAGAAGACGACCGGGAGAGGCACAAGGUCUUCGUCGGAGUCGGCUACCGCUACUACAACGCCACGAACGCCUGGAAGUCUCUGACAUACGCAGCCUCGAACUUGGCGUCGAAGGACUUGGAUAUAUUGGUCAUAAUCACCAGUUUUCUGACGCUGGGCGACCGGCAUGAGUGCAUCACACUUCCUGUCAAUGCCAUGAAUAGCCCGAACCGCUUCGUUCCCACUCUGGACGCGGCGUCUGUUAUGGCCAAGGCGGCAUUCGCGAGGCCCUCGAUCGUCGUGGCGUUCACCUUCCAGAUGGGCGUGCCGUACUACGUCCUGACGAAGGAGUACAACCCCAUCAUCGAAGCCAUGUACGAGCCCUGCACUUUGUUCGGCAUCAGCGACUACUCCCAGGCAUGCCAGGCCGACUCAGCUGACCUCAGCCUCGAGAAGACAGUCAUCGGCUUGAACAAACCGGAGUCAAUCAAGUUACUUGGCAAAAAAAUAUUCCAGUCCCACGACACGCUGCACUACAUGACAGAGAAGGCCAAGAUCAUCAUGGAGAGGCCUGAUACACGCGUCAACCUUUCGUGGUUCCUCUGGGACGUGCACCUGACGGACACCACGAGGACAUGCCUCACAGGGGGACCUUUCGAACGGGUCAAGGGAUUCAGGGACUUCUUUUAUCGGCAGGCUCAAAUGCCCAAGGGAUAGGGUGGCACCGUUGUCUGCGCGGCUCUAGCGAAAACACGCUCUAGUGCGCCGGCUACUGUUUCUUUCGUUUGUUGUCUUCUUCUGAUAGCGCAUUUCUGCAUCAGUCACGUGUAUCCUUAGUACACCGUAGACCAUGCAGUAACAAAAGAAAUAUGUGAAAUGGAGCGCGCUGUCAGAAUGACGUGGUCCGAGUGGUUUCCUAUUAUAGCAGACGCUUUGUACAAGCUA